CCUGGUUUGCAGGAAUCGGAGUUGUGGAAGGCUUCCAAAUCGUCCGAGAAAAACGCAACCUCGCAGGAGAGGAUUUAAUCUUCUAAAGAAUCGAGUUAGCCGGAAAACACCCGUUCUAGGGGCUGUUUUCGUAUCAACGAUUAAGGGUUGAACUAGCACUUUGAGGAGGCUGUUUAACACUCAUAUUUGAGCAAGGAAUCAGUCCCAAAUCCACCUUGACCAAAGAUUUGACCAUUGGACCAAGAAGGGAAAGUUUAAAGCUCAAUUGAGGUUGAGGCUAGAGCUUGCUUCCUGUGCUCGUUGCUCGAGAGAUCAUAUAGGAGGGAAGACUUGGUUCGUGCUUCCUCCAUUCUGUUUUUAAACCUUCCUAAACGUGCUCAUGGAUAUUUUACUAUGGAGCCUGCGCGCUCAUGAAAUGCCUUGUGUGGCCUUUUGUUUUAAACAAUGUUUCCGCUGCGUUAUGAAUUACUUAUUAUGUUUGUUUAUGGAUGUAUAUGUGUGAAUGAUAUUCAAGACGCCUUGUAUAAUAUGAAUGUGUUGGACUGCGGUUGACUAUUCGUAUUGUACGGCGGGUUGUUGACGUGUCCGGAUAGGUCCGGGGCGUGACAGAUGGAUGCAGAUUCAGGUUCCCAGCCUCAAAGCUCUCCCGAUGAGGAACAAUCUCAAACCCAAGAGACAAUGCAAGAUACUAAUGGCGUUGCCAGUAAAAAGAAACAAGGGAAGAGUAUUGUUUGGAAACAUUGUUCAAAGGGGAAGGUAAAGAUGAUGAGGGCAAUGUGUAUCCAAUUGGCAUAUGCAACUAUUGCAAAAAAGAGUACCGGGCAGAUUCUAAGAAAAAUGGCAUGACCGCCCUUCUUAAUCAUUUGUAUCGGUGUGCGGGAUCUCCUCUUUGCAAUAGGACUAGUCCAAAUCAGCCAAUGUUAACUCAAGCGAGUUUGGGAGGCGAGGUGCAAAUUCAUAAUUUCAAUAAAAAAAGACUCGACAUGAAGUGUGUGAAGUGGAUCAUCAAAGGAGAGUUACCCUUUAGGACAGUUGACCAGCCGGACUUUAGAGCUUUUAUUAGUGAUCUUCAACCUAAAUAUAAGAUUCCUAAUAGAAAGAAGAUUGUCGUAGAGGUAUGGGAUCUGUUUUGUGAGGAGAAGGCGAAGAUUAAAAGUGUAAUCGGUGAUUUGAGGGUGAGCAUCACAACCGAUACUUGGACCUCAAUCCAAAAUAUCAAUUACAUGGUGGUCACCGCUCAUUUCAUAGAUAUGGAGUUCAAGUUGCACAAAAGGGUGAUAGACUUUUCUAAGAUCACUUCGCAUAAGGGUGAUGAUAUUGGUAGGUGUCUUGAAGAAAAGUUGAAUGAGUGGGGCAUAAGCAAAGUUUUUAGUAUUACCGUUGAUAAUGCUAGUUCCAACGAUGUUGCGGUUGAGUACAUGAAGAAGAAGCUAAAGAACCAGAUGAUCUUUUUCUUGACGGUUAUCACUUGCAUAUGAGGUGCACAUGUCAUAUUAUUAAUCUGGUUGUAAAGGAUGGGAUUAAGGAACUGGCUGACUGCAUUGAGGGCAUUCGGAAUUGUGUGAAGUAUAUUCAUUCUUCAAGUGCAAGAUUGGAUAAGUUUAGGGAUUGUGCAGUAUUGGAGAAGAAGGAUAAGAUGGCAACCGUUCCUUUGGAUGUGGUGACAAGGUGGAAUGCAACCUAUUCUAUGCUUCAUAGUGCUUAUAAGUACAAAGGCGUUUUUGCAAGGUUGCGUGAAGAUAGCACACAAUUUCAUGCAUAUUUUUGUGAGUAAGUAAUGAGAGAGGUUGAUGGCCAAAAAGUGAAAGUCAAGAGAGUGGGACCUCCGGAAGAGGAAGAUUGGGAGAAAGCAAUGGCCUUUGCACAUUUUCUAAAAAAGUUCUAUGAUGUCACUAUCAAACUUAGUGCCACGAAGAGCCCUACAUCACAUCUAGUUCUGAGAUGUUUGGUCAACUUGAAACUAGAAAUUGAUAGGAAGAUUGGGGAUCCCAAAGAUCCUAUAUUGCAAAGUGUGGCUGAAUUAAUGAAGCUAAAGUUUGAUAAGUAUUGGGGUGCUUUUGAUAAAAUGAACCUAGCAGUCUUUGUGGCCCAAGCUCUUGAUCCAAUAUACAAAUUGCAAAUGAUUGAAAUACACUUGGAAGAUCUUGGGUUCACUUCCAAGCAAGUUGAAGCUAUGACGAGUGAAGUGAAAGGCCACUUGAAUAAACUGUAUGAUGCAUAUAAGGCAAAGAAUGUUGACCAGUCUUGUGUAGAGGUUCAAAUGGAGGAAGAUGAUGACGAUGAUCUAGAUGACAUGGAAGCAAGAGCAGAACGAAAGCUUAAUAAGCAAAGAAGAGAGGCCAAGCUUAAGGAGAUAGCUAAUGAAGUAGAUAAGUACUUCAAUGAUGCUUAUGAGAGUACAAGAAAUGAUGAAUUUCAUUUAUUAGAUUGGUGGAGAGUCAAUAGUGGGAAUUAUCCAACUCUUGCUAAGGUUGCUAGAGAUGUAUUUGCUAUCCCGAGUUCUACGGUUGCUAGUGAGAAUGCGUUUAGCCUAGGGGGAGGGUUGUGGAUCCAUUUAGAGCUUCAUUAACUCCUAGAAUGGUUGAGGCCUUAGUGUGUACUCGUGAUUGGCUAAAAGGGGAAGAAUUCCAUUUCUACAAAGAGCCUACAGAUGAAGAGCUUGAGUUCUAUAAGGAACUUGAAGAACUAGAGCAAAGUAUGCCUAAUGUAGUGCAAGUGCCACCACCUGUUCAAGGAAAUUUAACAUUACCACCCCCACCAUCACGCUCUCAAGUUCAAAGCCAACUCCCACCAAUUUCACGUGUAGGUUCAAGAGGGGCUCCAUCAAACACAAGAAAACGUGGGAGAAGUAUGGGAUCAUCUAAUCAUCCAUGACAACUUGAUGAAGGGCCAUUAUUGAGAGAAAGAUCCUCAGAACCUGACAAACUGCGAACAUGAACCAAAGGGGUGGACUAGGAUGACAAACCUCUAGUUGGAUGAUUAAUGGCAGUACGCUGUACACAUGCUCUCAACUUUGAAGUCCUUUGUUAGUCUACUUGGAUGUUCUUGAACAUUGUCCUUUUUAAAUUAAACUCAACGUAUCUACUUUUGAAUUUGGUUUUGAUUUGUUCCCAUCUUAUGGGAUGUUAAAGGAUUGGAUGUUUAUUGUGUUGAAUGUUCGAUUUGUUAUGAAAUAGACUGUUGGAUUUUACUAUGGGUGUUGUUGGAUUUUAUUAUUGUUGGUGAAUGAUUAAUGAUUAAUAUUGUGUGUGAAUUUUUUUUAGUGAGCA